GAAAGGAAUGAUCCAAACAUGCCAUAGUCAAGGUAGACGAUCAGGAAACGACCAAAAGCGAAAAGAGAGGACGUAUUACAGGCCUUUUCCGGUUUCCCGGUACCCCUAGGAGCCGUUGCCCCCAUGCCAUCUGGCCUGCGCGAAACAAAACGGCGUCAUUUCGACUGCCGUGCUCGGAACUCACCAGUCAGCACAGUGAGUAUGACCGUCGUAUCUCCAUAAGAGCCCUUCAAUCUCUCUCUCUCUCUCCUCGGUGCGUGUGUGGACCUAUGCUUGCAGGCAAUGCCUUACCCUCGCCGAUACGGAUUGAAGAUUACGGACCUUUUUCCAUCGAUUCUCAAUCACAAAGGUGGAACCGUGCGUGUUUUAUUACUGUUGAAUUCAUUAUAAAAUAAUUAUAAUGGAUCAUCUACGGUCCACUUCUGGUAAUGGAGAGGACAAUGUUGGGAUUCCGGAGGAUUUGCGUUGCAAGAGAUCUGAUGGGAAACAAUGGAGAUGCAGUGCUAUGUCUAUGCCCGAUAAAACAGUAUGUGAAAAACACUACAUCCAGGCAAAGAAGAGGGCAGCAAAUUCUGCACUAAGAGCCAGUCUAAAGAAAGCUAAGAGGAAAUCUUUAGGUGAAAGUGAAGUUUUCUUGGAAAGUAAGAAUGAUGAUAUGGAUACGUCAUAUGUGAACACAAAAGUUGGGGAUUACUCUGUUUCGGGGUCAGGGAAAAAGAAUAAGGAGAAGGUAAAAAAAAGUAAGGCUCGCUAUUCAUCCGGGACACCUCGAGCCAGGAGUUUGUCUGUACGCAAUUCUUUGAAGUCGAAUGAUGAAUCACAAAGAGAUAUGGCGCAAUUGGAAGAAAAUCGGAGGUCCUACAAGACAAUGCCCCCUUCUGCCAUGGACUCAUCCAGGAACAGAUCACAGAGGAGCAUUGAUGAUGAUACUGAGGAAUCAUCUGAAAGAAGCACAGAUUCUUCUGAAGAGACUGGUGGGCAAACUUGCCAUCAAUGUCGGAGGAAUGACAAAGGCAGUGUUUUGUGGUGUCUUAAAUGUGAUAGGAGAGGAUACUGUGGUAGUUGCAUCUCUACAUGGUAUUCUGAUAUCCCAUUGGAAGAGAUCCAGAGGAUUUGUCCUGCAUGUCGUGGUACUUGUAAUUGCAGGGUGUGCUUACGUGGAGACAAUUUGAUAAAGGUAAGAAUAAGGGAGAUACCUGUCCAAGACAAAUUGGAAUUUCUCCACUGCCUCCUAUCUGCAGUGCUUCCUGUAGUUACGCGUAUCCACUAUGAACAGUGUGCUGAAGUAGAGCUAGAAAAGCGACUUUGUGGAACCGUAACAGAUCUUGGCAGGACAAAAUUGAAUGCAGACGAGCAGAUGUGCUGUGAUUUCUGUCGGAUACCCAUUAUUGAUUAUCAUCGGCACUGUGCAAAUUGCUCAUAUGAUCUAUGCCUCAGUUGCUGUCAUGAUCUUCGGGAAGCAGCUAGGCUUGGGGUUGAUGAAGAAAUGAUUGAAAACCAGAAUGCUGAUAGAAGUCAAGACACUGAAACUGUGUUGGAGCGAUUGAAAAAUUCCAGCUUAAAAUUAUCUUCUCUAGACAAGUUUACUGAUUGGAGAGCCAAUAGUGACGGCAGUAUCCCAUGCCCCCCAAAGAAAUAUGGUGGCUGUGGUUGCUUAUCUUUAACCCUAAGACGCAUUUUCAAGAUGAAUUGGGUUGCUAAACUGGCAAAAAAUGUGGAGGAAAUGGUUAGCGGUUGUAAGGCUUAUGACGAUGGCAUUCCACAAAAUUUUGCAUUAAGCAACACCAAACACUGCCAGUUUGCACAGAGAGAGGACAGUGAUGAUAAUUUCUUAUACUGCCCUGCUGCUCAAGAUAUAAAAAUUGAAGGGAUUAGUGAUUUCAGGAAGCAUUGGAUCAGGGGUGAACCUGUCAUUGUUAAGCAGGUGUGUGAUAGUUUUUCAAUUUCAAGCUGGGAUCCGAUGGUCAUAUGGAGAGGCAUUCGGGAGACAUCAGUUGAGAAAAUGAAAGAUGACUAUAGAACAAUGAAGGCUGUAGAUUGCUUAAGCUGGUCUGAGGUCGAUAUUGAAAUUGGUCAAUUCAUCAAAGGAUACUCAGAGGGACGAAUCCAUGAAAAUGGUUGGCCUGAAAUGUUGAAGUUGAAGGAUUGGCCUUCUCCUAGUGCUUCUGAAGAGUUCUUACUGUGUGAGAGACCUGAAUUUAUCAGUAAACUGCCUUUACUUGAGUAUAUCCAUUCGAAGUGGGGUCUUCUAAAUGUUGCUGCAAAGCUGCCUCAUUACUCCUUGCAGAAUGACGUGGGACCUAAAAUCUUAAUUUCCUAUGGCACAUAUGAGGAGCUUGGUCGAGGUGAUUCAGUCACCAAUGUCCAUUUGAAUAUGCGGGACAUGGUAUACCUAUUGGUGCAUACAUCUGAAGUAAAGCUUAAAGGUUGGCAGCGGUCAACAAUUGAAAAGAUACAAAAAACCUUCAAGGAAGUGGAGGUAGGUGGCUUGUCUGGACAUCCACAGAUGAGUUUGGAGGGAAGAUUGCUUGAUUCAUCACUGGGACAUAGUGCACAUAAUGAACAAGGGACAGAUUUGGAUGCGAGUAAGGAUGAGAAAAUGGGGGAUCAAGGGAUUGAAACAACUACUAUUAGUGAAGAGAAAAUGGUAGAUUGUGAAGAGUCAAACAGAGAAGGUGAAGAUAUCUCAAAAAAGACUUGUCCUGGUGCUCUUUGGGAUGUCUUUCGUCGGCAGGAUGUUCCAAAGCUGAGUGAGUAUCUGAGACAGCAUUGGAAGGAAUUUGGGAUGGUUUAUGGUGUAAUAAGUGAUUCUAUGACUCGUCCUCUCUAUGACGGAGCAAUGUACUUGAACAAGCAUCAUAAAAGAAAAUUGAAGGAAGAAUUUGGUGUGGAACCAUGGUCUUUUGAACAGCAUUUGGGGCAAGCUGUAUUCAUCCCUGCUGGUUGCCCUUUCCAAGUAAGGAAUCUUCAGUCCACAGUUCAGUUGGGCCUUGACUUUUUGUCACCUGAAAGCCUUGGGGAGGCUGUAAGAUUGGCUGAAGAAAUCCGCUGUCUUCCCAAUGAGCAUGAAGCUAAGCUUCAAAUGUUGGAGGUGGGAAAGAUGUCACUGUAUGCAGCCAGUUCAGCUAUAAAAGAUGUUCAGAAGUUGGUGCUUGAUCCGAAACUUGGUGCAGAGCUCGGGUUUGAGGAUCCUAAUUUAACAGCAAUGGUUUCUGACAACUUGGAGAAAAUGCUUAAGCGACGCCAGAUUGCUUGUGUUUGAAUUGGUUUAGUUAGUGUAUAGACGGCUUGUAGUCGUUGGGAUAUAGGAAAUUCAAUUUUGGAUGCAGUGGCUAUAAUGCCCUGCAUAAUUGUAUUUAUGUGUAAUCUUCUAUGCCCAUGGUCCGAUGCAAGGCUUUCAUGGUACAUUGCAAUGCUUGUUACAUGGUCCAGAGCAUGUGAAAGAAGUAAUUCUGGGUAAUUUUUCUAGUUAACA